CGGAUCAGUCGCUGUGUUCCUCCUGUGCCAGGUUCGGUGACACACAUCCUCCCUACUCGGGCUCUCUCACGCCCUCUGUAUAUCUCAUUUUCCGACACAGUUGAGCCGAUCCUGCUCGUUAUUUUCCGCUCGUUCACUCUAUCUGCGGCUGGGUACAGCUACUGGACCAAACCCUUAACCUUCAGUUCUACAAACCUCUACUUUCCCUUCACAUUUUGCCAUGAGCCGGAGAGUUGUACGUCAGAGCAAAUUUCGCCAUGUCUUUGGGCAGGCAAUGAAAGCCGACCAGUGUUAUGAAGAUAUACGAGUGUCCAAAAUGACUUGGGAUAGCUCCUUCUGUGCAGUUAAUCCCAAGUUUGUGGCCAUCAUUGUGGAAUCUGGUGGAGGAGGUGCCUUCCUUGUCCUCCAAUUGGCCAAGACUGGACGUGUGGAUAAAAAUCACCCCCUGGUUUGUGGACACACGGCUCCUGUGCUUGAUAUUGAUUGGUGCCCCCAUAAUGAUAACGUGAUCGCCAGUGGUUCGGAGGAUUGUACUGUCAUGAUCUGGCAGAUCCCCGACCACAUGACUGUCCGCUCCAUCACGGACCCCAUUGUUGUCUUGGAAGGACACUCGAAGAGGGUCGGAAUUAUUACGUGGCACCCAACAGCCCGUAAUGUUUUACUAAGUGCAGGCAGUGAUAAUAUGAUAAUUAUUUGGAACGUGGGUACCGGAGAGCCCCUGAUAACACUUGACGACCUGCAUACCGACUUGAUUUACAAUGUUUGCUGGAACCGUAACGGCAGCCUCAUCUGUACCACCAGCAAGGACAAGAAAGUGCGCAUCAUUAAUCCGAGGGAGCAACGCGUCCUUGCUGAGAGGGAGAAAGCGCAUGAAGGAGCUCGACCGAUGAGGGCCAUCUUCAUGGCUGACGGUAAAAUCUUCACCACUGGAUUCAGCAAGAUGAGCGAGCGGCAACUGGCCCUGUGGGACCCGAAAAACUUUGAUGAACCAAUGGGACUUCAGGAAAUGGACACCAGUAAUGGAGUUCUUCUACCGUUUUAUGAUGCUGACACAAAUAUAGUCUAUUUGUGUGGGAAGGGUGAUAGCAGCAUUCGGUAUUUUGAGAUCACACCGGAAGCUCCGUACGUUCAUUACAUCAGCACGUUCAGCAGUAAGGAGCCACAGAGGGGAAUGGGCUUCAUGACGAAGAGGGGUCUGGAUGUCAGCAGAUGUGAAAUUGCAAGGUUUUUCAAAUUACAUGAGCGGAAGUGUGAACCAAUUACAAUGACGGUGCCUCGAAAGUCGGAUCUUUUCCAAGAUGACCUGUACCCAGAUACUCAGGGUCCUGAGGCAGCCCUCGAAGCUGAGGAGUGGAUUGCAGGAAAAAACGCAGAUCCCGUGCUCAUCUCGCUGAGAGACGGUUACAUUCCACCUAAAAACCGAGAACUUAAAUUUGCCAAAAGGAACAUUCUGGACAACAAGCCUCCUCUUGGGCCACGACGCAGUUACUCCACUUGUGAAUCAAACUUUUCUCGUGUAACCCUGGAGGAGCUAAUGGACGAAGUUAAAUCGCUGAAGGUGAUUGUCCAGUCCCAAGAGAGACGCAUUACUGAGCUCGAAAACAAGCUGUCAAAGUUCACCAAUGGCACUGCUUAAUUCUACCAUCCACAUUAGCAUGCACUCCAAGGUAUCAGUGCUUCCUGCCAAACUAGUUCAACUUAUUAACGUCCACCCCCAACAAACUGGUGGCAAACAAUGGUAGCUUUUACAACAAUCUACAUAACUGUAUGCGUAUUCUUAACUCCAGUGAGACAAGAUCACAUGGAAGUAUUUAAUGUUUUGUUCUGGAGAUUAACUGAAGAAAUCACGGGAAAUGUUACACGAUGUUUUGGGAAAUGCAGUGAACUAAAGGUCAAGCUACACCUGAUCAGUGUUCCUACGUGAGGUCAUGAACUACUAUUGUUAGUGAGAAUCAAGCUCGCUGUGAGCUGACAGCUUGCACAGCAACACUAGGGCAGUUCUUGUAGUGAAGAGGGCGAGGAUAAAGAAAUGCCUGUGACAGGAGCUCCGUCAGGCCAGCAGCUCCUGCUUUGGGCACCAACGGACUGUGGGAGGGUUAACUGCAAUUUUUUCAAGUGUGUGAUUCAUAAAACAAAGUAACUUUCAAACAAUCUCCUGACUAAUAUCCUGACAUACUUUUUCAGCUGCUGGUUCCAUUGUUAUUAGCAGAAAAAGUUUGCCGUGUCUUUGCAUUCUGCUCAGGUGUAAUCAAAUAAUACUUUAUGCAUCUGAUUUUCAGUUCACAAUUUGCACUGUGUAAGGUUGGGGCAGUUUUUGGCACUUGGUAAAAGUGGUAUUUUAUUACAUUUGGAGAUAAGACACUAAAAUUAGAAGGAUGAUGUGGUUUAUAUGACAUUUUGUGAAGUGAAUGUGUUUGUGCUGUCAGUUAGUCCAGACGCGGUGACGUGUGAUGCCAGCAAGUUCACAGAACGUUCUCUGCUGUUAUCUCUCCUUUAGUAAAUAAACUGUUUCAUUUCAGGAACUCUUCAAACAGAAAGAAACGUCUUUAAAAAUUAUUUUGAAGUGUUAUUUAGUUUACUGCCCUAUGCAUUCUAGCAAAAAAAGCAUUUAUUUUUGUGGUGGUUUUUUGACACUUUUUUGUGUGACAUGAUUCUGAUUUACGGCUCUUGUCAAAGUCUGAAGUUUUGCACAUUUAUCUUCUUUCUCCUCCAUUGAUGAGUACCAUUUCUGCUGCUGUGUAAAAUAGCCUUGCCUUGAGAAUAUAACAUAAAAUGCAUGAUAAUAACCUUUAGCGUAUAAAAGGGAACUUCUCCUGCCUUGUGCAAUACUUAGAGGUAUCAAAAGAGUUGUUCAUCCUGUCUGACCCCAGUAGAGAACUACUUCCAUUUGGAUUUUAAAUCUGGUCGCAUUUACAAAACCUGCUCUCAUUUGGCUUUUCACAUUGGAUAAAAUUAAUAGGAAAGAAAGAAAGAGAAUUGAUCUAGAAGCUUCUAGGGUCCAGAGGAGGUCCAUGAGAAUGAUCCUGUGAAUGAAAGGGUUAAUGUAUGAGGAGCAUUUGAUGGCACAGGAUCUGUACUUGCUGGAGUUUAGAAGAAUGAGGCAGGAUCUCUUUGAAACCUAUUGCAUAUUGAAAGCCCUUGAGAGAGGAUGUUUUCUAUAGUGCAAUAGUGUAGGACCAGAGGAUACAGCCUCAGAAUGGAAGGACGUCACUUUAGAACAGGAGAGGCAUGGUAGCACAGUGGUUAGCACAACACUUUACACUACCAGUGACCUGGGUUCAAUUCCUGCCGCUGUAAGGAGUUUGUUCGUUCUCCCUCUGUCGACAUGGAUUUCCUCUGGAUGCUUUGGUUUCCUCCCAGUCCGAAGACCUACUAGUUGGUAGGUUAAUUGGUCAUUGUAAAUUGUCCCAUGAUUAUGCUAGGGUUAAAUCAUGAGUUGCUGGGCAGCACGGCUCAAGGGCCAGAAGAGCCUAUUCCACACAAUAUAUCAAUCAAUAAAUAAAAACAGGUGAGGAGGAAUUUCUUAAGCAAGAGCGUGGUGUAUCUGAGGAAUUUGUUGUCACAGACAGCUGUGGAGGCCAAGUCAUUGGGUGUAUUUAAAGCUGAAGUUGAUAUGUCCUUGAUUAGUAAGGGCAUCAAAGGUUACAGAAAGAAGACAGGAGAACGGGGUUGAGUGAGAUAAUGAGUCAGCCAUGAUGGAAUGGUGGAGCAGACUUGAUGGACUGAAUAGCCUAAUUCUGUACCUGUGUCUUAUGGUAUUUAUAGUUUGGCCUACUAAAGCUGAGAAAUAUCAAAAAUUUCAAAGCUCCCUAAUCGAUAUAUGGAGAGCUGUAAGAUGCCCGGUAGAUCUUACAGUUCUUGAGUUUGCAUCCAUUGAGCUGACCAAAUUUGUGCAGAUUGCUGUUGGUUUUCUCUCUCCCUCUCCCUCUCAUUACUAAGAGAUAGAUGCUAGAUACAAGUAAGGGAAUCAUUGUGUGCAGUCCAACAUGAUCCUGUUUACAGUCAGAUACUCUGCAGGAGAACUUAUGCAGAGCGCCUGAUUGAUUAUCAAUAGUAGUCUACUACAUUCAUGCUGAGCAAAACUCAGUAAGAAUUGCUGAGGGUUACACCAAAUAUCAAUGUUAACUCUAAUUGUCAACUUGUUGUUGUCUCUUGUCCUAUGAUCACCUCUAAUGCUUUUAAAAACCAGUUAUAGAUAUAUUUCUAUGUCUAAGUUUAAAAAUAACUGGGCUUGUUUUCAUUUAAAGCAAUAUUUGUGUACUAAAGAAACGCAUUCAUCUUGAAGCAGAGUUUUAAGAACUGGCUGUAGAUGCAUCUUGUCCAUUUUCAAAGACUUGGUGUCAAUCUGUGUCUUGUUAUUUUCCAUUUUAUCAGAGUCAGGGAAUUAAAAAUAAAGUUUAAAAAACACACACACAUAAAACCUUUUGGAAAACAAGUAAACCUGCAGAUGCUGGAACUUGAAACAUAAACUGCAGAUGCAGAAUGAACUCAGUCAGACGUCAGAACAUAACCUUUGACCUGAAAUAUCAACUGGUUUCUCCUUCCACAGAUGCUGCAUGGCUAACUGAGUUCUUCCAGUUCUUUAUUUUUGUUGCACAUAGUUUUGGAAGGCUAGUAGAGAAAUUGCUAUUUGUGAACUUCAUUUUUAAUGGUGAAGUACGAGGAGAAGCAGAAUACAAUUAUGGUCGGCACUGGCUUGUGAAUUAUUAACAUUGGCAGAUAUUGCCUUUAAAGAUUUCUCACGAACUUGAUCAGAUCUCCUAAGGUGUCUCCUGAAAUUCUAUUCCAAUCUCCCUAAUAUAUAACAAGUCUUCUAAAUUAUAAUUUAUAGAAGGCUGGCUACAAAUGUAAAUAAUUCAGUGAUGUAAGGAUUCACCAGUUGUACUUACUAGCUGAAGGGCCUGUUUCUAUUCUGUAAUUCUAACAAACGAAGGGCCUUUGAUUGUAAAAUAAAGCUUGGUUUUAGUCCAACACACAGAACCAAGGAAAUGAAAUAUUCAAUAGAAAAUUAAGGCACCGGGGAAGCUGAAUAUGAAGAAAUGUCUGUUGAACAUGCUUGCUUUGCCAAAGGUCACUGUCUACAACCAGAAAAUGUUCUGUACAUUGUACACCUGAGUAUUUAAUGUGUUUUAUUUCUCGUCCACAGAGGGUCUGACAUUCACCAUUGAGGUCAGACUUGGAAGCCUGUUAAUGUCUGUAGCAGCACAGGGAAGAGUUUUCAAACCUUUACGCUGAAAUAAUUUUAGUUCUCCAGGCCCCAAACAAGCUUUGAUUUUAAUUUGAUACUUAACAUUUUCAGUGGGAAAGUAAAGCCUUUCAAUCUUGCUCUCUAAUCAGCUUAAUCUAUUGAUGUCCUGGAAUUCGGGCUAUUCUCUGGAGACAUUGUGAUUGGACGAACUGAGUCUCAUUGGGUCUGUAAAACUAUGUCUAGCUAUUUGUUCUGACAGUGUACUAUCCAAUGGUGGGCCAUUGAUCAUGAUUUGUACUUGCCUGUAUUUUGAACUAUAUGCCCAAAAAUAUCCAGGUAGUGAAUACCUUACUAGCACUUAUUUAAGAAUCACUGAUGUUAUCUGUGAAAAAGAUCUAGAAAAUUUUCUUUGAGUGAAAUGUUUUUCUUCCUCUGUUUAAACUUAGUCUAAACUUUAAAUGUUUGUGUGACUCUGGUGACAUGGUUUCCAUUGCAGUUAAAGCUUAUAUCUGUAAGGGGUUUGUACGUUCUUCUUGUGACCAUGCAGGUUUCCUCUGGGUGCUCUGAUUUCCUCCCACAGUCCAAAGAUGUACUGGUUGGUAGGUUCAUUGGUCAUUGUAAAUUGUCCCAUGAUUAGGCUGGCAUUAAAUUGGGUGAUUGUUGGGCAGCGUGGCUGGAAGAGUCAAAAGGGCUGUAUCUCUAUAAUAGUAAAUAAGUUAUUGAUUUGCUUUCUCAGAGACUGCUUUUAUCAGAGUAUAGUUUUGACUUGAUUUAAAAUAUUCCUUAUGCACUAGAUGAGAUUUGGUCAAAGGGGAAAAGAUCAAAAUCCGAAAUAAAGCCUUUGGGUGUUAGAAGCAGGUUAACGAUACUAGUGAAAACCUUUAAUUACAAAUGAAGUUGGACACCUGCAGAUUUGUAAUGUAGGUCAAGUGACUAGCGAAAGACAACAGGUUCUGAGAUUGACAUCUCCAGUUUAUUACCUCCAGCUGAGAUAAAUGAAAGUGAUACGACUAACAUACCAUUAGCCAAAGAAUAAAGAAAGGUUCUUCAUUAAAUGAGCUAGCCAGCCUACAUCGAUGAGAUUGCUGUCUGCAUAUUAGAUGAAGCUGAUAAGAGUUGGUAUUCUGGCUGAUGAAGUACACUUUUAGGAUUUGGAGACUAUAGACGUUGUAACCUGAAACAAAAAAAAACUAAUGGCUGGAGGAACUCAAAGUCAAGUGGCAUCUGUGGAGGCAGAGUGAUGGUUGACAUUUCAGGUUGCAGUCCUGAUGUGUGGGGUCUUGACCCGAGUAGCGACUAUCCUUCUCCCACAGACGUUUCCUGGUCCGCUGAGUUCCUCGGGCAGUUUGGUUUUGCACUGAUAGGUUUCUUUGACUUGAAAUAGCAACUAAAGAAAUGGAGCCAAAUUGAAAUUCUUAUCUGAUCCUCUAAAUAGCCAGAAAAUUACUCAAGCUAUUCAGAACCACAAAAAUAAUUUACAACUAGUUGUCACAACCUAGCCAUUCAAAGCUUGCAGCUUUAGCAGAUUCUAUGCAGAAAUUAAUAGAAGAUGGGAUGAUAGAGAAACAGUAAAGAAUUCUUGGAUUUAUAACCUUUAGUUUAGUGGUGUUACUGUGGAAAAUUUACAAAAACAUGGUGUAUAUUAAAGCCGUGGAAGUUUCUGUUCAAAUUCCCUGUCAUCUAUAAUUUAGAGCAAUUGUUCUAAUUCACAUAUGUAUUGACUUAUUUAACAGUAGGUUGGAGGAUCAUAAACCUUUGGCAAAUUGUCACUGGUUGCAACUGAGGUGGAGGUCCUAGCUAAAGGCAUUUCAGUUAUUUUUUUGCAUGGACCAUCAUCAGACACAAGACAUUUGAGUUAAGUUUUAAGUUAGUAUUUCAAGGCGGUUUUCAAAGUGGCCCUUUCAAUGGAUGAUAUAUAAUGAAGUAAUCUAAUGCUGGUGAAAUAAAUAGAAUAAUUACUAGCUACCAAGGUGGCAUUUCAUUAUUCUAUUUGCUCUUCAAAGUGAUUGUCCAAGGUUUUCUUCCUUGAAUGAAUCUUGCUAAGUGGAUGUAUGUGGCACAACUGGAGCUCUUUACUUGUAGGGAUAACAUUUUUCAGGGAUGUUAGCAUUGUUUUAGUUUGUAAUCUCCAUAAAUCAGGCUGAUGGUCAAGGCAAUUGUAUAAUUUGUAAAAUAUCUAUAACUGAAACCAAUGCCUUGAAUUAUUGUAGAUGAUCUGGAAUCAUUUGCCACAAUGUGAAAGCCUUACUCUCAUUUAAUAUUGCCUGUAUAUGUAUGGUUGUUAUCGUAAUUAUAAAGAUAUACACUGCAUCCAAUCAAAUCUCCCAUACAAGCUGCACCAGAAGUAAUUAAGUGUCUCCAUAAAGGGGCCAUUUACAAGUAAAUGCAUUAAUCCUUUCAUGGCAGAAGAAGUCAACAUCUUCCAUCAUAUUUUUCUAAAAUAAACUGAAUAUUAAAAUUCCAUGAUAUGUAUUGAUUUAUUGAUCCAAGUCUUUUCUGUCCAAGAAAUCUAUAAACCUGUGUAUUUCUCAGGUCUUUUUAUGCAGUGGUGUCUCAAUCUUCAAAGGGUAUUUUCUUUUUAUACAGAAAUGUUUCAAAAAAAAGGUUCAUGUGUGUGUGUGUGUGUGUGUGUGUGUGUGUUGGUGGUGUUGUGCCCUUUUAAAAGUAUUCUAAUAAUUCAGAAAUAUUACUUCCACCUUUAUGCGCUUAACAAUUAUCCUUCAGUUACUAGUCUAGAUUAUAGUAUGGCCCAAAAUCCAUGUGUUGUGUAAAGCACUGAUGUACAACAGUAGCUUUUUGCAAGAUGGACAUCACUGAUAUAAUCUUCUAUUACUCUAGUCCAGGGGUUCCCAACCUGGGGUGCACGUAUCCCUUGCUUAAUUGUAUUGGACCAUGGCAUAAAAAAGGUUAGGAACCCCUGCUCCAGUGUAAAUAAGUAGCAACAACUUUGAGAUUCAAAGGCACCGUCUGUCGCACUAGAUGCACUAUAUAAAUGGUAUAGAUGUUAUUUAGUAUUUGUCUCUUUACUCCUGAAAUUAAUGGAGUUGAAUAUUUCAUUAUUCUAAAUAACCUGUGUCAAAGUUCAAAUCUGCAAGAAGCUGAUCUACCUAGUAUCUGUUUUCCCAUUGGCCUUUGUCAAUGAGUAUAAUCAAAUUGCAAAGGUCAUAGAAAAGUACAGCACAGAAACAGGCCCUCCAGUUCAUCUAGUCCGUGCCAAACCAUUUAAUCUGCCUACUCCCAUUGACCUGCACCAGGACCUCAACCCUCCAUACCCCUACCAUCCAUGUACCUAUCCAAACUGCUCUUAAACGUUGAAAGCAAGAUCAGAUGCACCACUUGCACUGGCAGCUCAUUCCACGUUCUCACGACCCUCUGAGUGAAGAAGUUUCCCCCUCAUGUUCCCCUUAAACUUUUUACCUUUCUCCCUUAACCCAUGACUUCUGUCCAGUCUAUCAAAUCUUCCCUCAAUCUUAAAGACUUUAUAUUGGUUACAAUUUUUUUAAAUCCCAGUCAGACAUAUUUAAGACAAGUCAAUAUUGUUAAAUACAACAUGUUAGUUAUGGUCCUCAUCAGAUGGAUUUUAAGUCUAAACAUUUUAAAAUGGAUUUGAAUUUAAAAGAUUAAUCUCGAUAAAAGCUCUCAAACUGAAUCUACUGUUGGAGGGUGUAGUUAAUGAUUUCAUGAAUACCAAUUAUAGGUGUUGACAGCCAGCGUGUGAGAAACGUGUAUUAAUAUUGAGCAAACUUUACAAGAGAGCAGAUGUUGAUAACAUCAUGUGGAGCACCAAGGAAAAGCACAGAAAUUAAUGUUGAAUCAACAUGGAUGGGAAAUUAAGGUUCCAAUUUCGGUGUGAAGUGUGAUUUGCACUGUAGUGCCGCAACAAGAGGAGAGCUUUGGACUUUACAAGCCAGACGUGAAUUUAUCUGAGUGGCUCUCAACAUGUUCUAAUGCAUAGCCUACAUAGAAUAACAUAAGGGAUUACUCAAUCUUCCAAAGAUUUGAGAAUGUAAGUAGAAUGUACCAAUGAUGUAAUGGAUUGCAAUUCUUAACAUUUUUUAAGAACUUUUCAUUUACAAUUUAUUUUGGCUGUAUCACUUUCCAGCAUCCUUUACAAGAAAUGGGUUUUUUUUUGAUGGUGUAUUUAUCAAAUGCAAUAAUAUCCAACACUGGGCUUCAACUAAUCUGCAGCUGCAUGUCUGUGGCUAGACAUGGGGCUGUGAGGAAAACUGGAUCAGCCGUGAUGAAAUGGCAGAGCAGACUCAAUGGGCCAAAUGGCCUAAUUCUGCUCUUAUACCUUACGGUCUACUUAACUCAUUUUCAAAAAGACAAAUUAUACUGUCUAAAACUAGGUGGGUGUGCUUCUAGGAUUAUUUUCUAUUCAGCAUUCUGAUUCUAAAUAAAGUAGAGACCACUUAAGACUAGCACUAGAAUAGGCAAUAUAACACCACCUACAUUUAGAGUCAGAGAGAGCAUUAGUUGCAGGAUAUAAUGCUGAGAUACUGUACGUCCUAAGAUGUGCUGUAACACUUCAUUAGUCAUGUAAUCUGGGGUCAUCGGGUGUUUUGGGUCUUUCAACAUCAGACACCCUUGCCCAGGUGACCCAGGCAGUGUUGAUCAAGCCCCGGCUUGUGCCCAGCAGCAUUGGCCCACGGGUCACACCUCUUGAUCCAUAGCCAUCUGAAAGCUCGCUCAGCAGCCUCUGUGAUGGUUCUGAUGGCUCUUUUCUUUACAUUUCCCCACAAUGCUAAGGAGAGAGUAGGUUCGUUAGAAUGAGCAGCCAGCAAAACCUCUACACCCCGUCUCUAUAGGCUGGCAUCAUGCCCUCCUCUCCUGUCUCUGGCCCUGCUCUAUCAGCUCCUGGUAUCUGCCUUUCUCAUGCUUGAAUGCCUUCUAAAUCGGGUCUUCCCAAGGCACUGUCAAUUCUACCAUGACCACCUACUUCGAGGUUUCUGACAGAAUGACCAUGUUAGGCCUCAGUGAUGAUGAUGCGAUGAAGUCAGGGAACGUUAAUUGCUUGCCAAGAUCAACUAUCGGUUGCCAGUCAGACGCUGUGGCAGCAAGCCUGCUGGUGAUCUGGGCUGGCGCUGGGGUUCAUCUCCGGUAAGUUGCGGUGUAAAGCACAUAAUAUCUUUCUCUGGAUGCUCGGGGAAACAGGAGGCGGUAUUUCCGAGUAGAUUCAAGGGAAUUUGAGCAGCACUUGUUUCACUAGGGAUCCAUUUGGAGUUCUGUGAUAGAGUUUAUUAACAUAUGCAGAAGCUCCUGAACUGUAGUGGCCUUUGUUAAUUAUAAAACAGAUGGCAUGUCAGUUGCGGAACAUAAGGAUAGGAUAUUUGUUUGUUAAGCAGGAACUUUAGAAAAGUAUUAAAAUUUUAUUUCCUCAUGGAAAUUAAGCAUUACAAGACAGUACUAUAUUUAUGAAGCAAUAAUUUCAUUAGGCUGAUGGAAUCUAUUGAAUAUAUUGAACUCAAGAUACCUGCAUCAGAAAAUAUUAAGCCAUAUUAUUUUUAGAAUUUGUCUUAUGUGAAAUAUAUUAUUUCUGUCUACAGACAGAUUAUCAGAGAGUCAUUGAACAUUACAGCACAGACACAGGACCUUUGGUCCAUCUAGUCCAUGCUAAACUAUUAUUCUGCCUAGUCCCAUUGAUAUGCACUUAAACCAGGGGUUCCCAACCUUUUUUAUGCCAUGGACCCCUACCAUUAACCAAGGAAUAUGUGGAUGCCAGGUUGGGAACCCCUGACCUGAACCAUAGUCCUCCAUAUCCCUCCCAUCCAUGUGCCUAUACAAAUCUCUCUUGCAUGUUGAAAUCGAACUUGCAGCUCAUUCCACAUUCUAACCACCCCCUGAGUGAAGUAGUUUCCCCUCAUGUUCCCCUUAAAAAUUUCACCUAUCACCCUUAACCCAUGACUUCUAGUUCUAGACUCACCCGACCUUAAUGGGAAAAGCCUGCUUGCAUUUACCUCAUCUAUACCCCUCACGAUUUUGCUUACCGCUAUCAAACCUCCCCUCAUUCUCCUACACUCCAGAGAAUAAAGUCGUCACUUAUUCAACCUCUCCUAUUACUCAAGUCUUCAAGUCCUGGCAACAUCCUUGUAAAUUUUCUCUGAAUUCUUUCAAUCUUAUUGUACAUGAUAACUAAUGCUAGGUCUUGUAUCACAACAAUAAUUAUUACAUAAUUACACCUAAAUAACCCUGUUCAAUACUUAUGUAAAUUUUUUUUGUAAGAGAUUCUAACCCAUAAAUCCAAGGUGAUAUCAAUCUGAUACCUUGGUCAUAGCUGGAGGUAUUUAGAUUAAUGUUAUAAGAAAUUAGUUAUCUUUAUAGAACAUGAAAAGGGAUUGUUCUAGAGUUGCAAAACAUGAGAUUCCUUGUCAGCAUUCCCAUUGAGUGCAUCUCCUUCCUGUGAGAAUAGAUUACUAAAUUUAGCCUUUACUGAUAGAUGGAAAAAAGUUCAGUUCCUGAUAUAUCUAGCUAAUACAUCAUUGUAUUAAACCAAGUGUUAAACUAAAUUUACCCUUGGCCAUUAGGAAAUAUUAUGCAAUAUUUGGAGUGGUUUUACAAAUUUUUCCUCAGGAUUUUGGCUUGGCCCAAUGGCAUUCUGAUUUAUGAAGUUAUUUUGCAGGUUGUUGUAAUUCUGAAAGGAAGGAUUUAAUUUUCAAAGUGUGCAUCUGUAAUAUUUUUGUGGCUUUGUUGUUUGGAUGUACGGAGAGUGGUAAUUUCAAUUCAUGAAAUGUAUCCUGAAAGAUUAAGCUUGUAUUUCCAUGUUAGCGCUAAAUAUUGGUCUGGUGAUUGUUUUGUAAGUACACUGUAGAUCAGGCAUCUAUUUAUACAUUG